AUGACUUUAUACAAAUACUAUUGCUUUUUAAAUCUAUUAUUAUUCAGUUAUAUUCAAUAUCUUUCGGCAUAUCCAUGUUAUGUAUGUUCACCAAUACAUUUUAAUUAUUCAAUUACAAUCGAUAAUUUUCCUUCACCCACUGAACAUGAUUGUAACAUAAUAACAGCUGAGACAGGAUGUUUUGUACGUGUUUUUUGGAAUAAUAAUGAAACAACCGAAAUCACUUAUGGUACAAAUCUUGGUUUUCCACAUGAUAGUGUUCGUGUAGAAAUAGGACGUGGAGUAAAUACAUUAUCAAAUCUACACACUACUGAAGUACAAAUUGCUUUUAUUUGUGGUUCUUCAGAUUCAACACCUUGUAAUACUGUUGAAAAUUUAAAACGUAGUUUUAUAUCUACGACAUUGCCUACUGAAAACAAAAUCAGGGAAUAUGAUGAACUUCUUAUUCCAACGCAAACAUUCAAUAGUAAUUUAUGUUAUGAAUUUAGUAAUAUGACAGAUCUUUGUCCUCAAAAAGAUUUAGACGAUUGUCGAAAAUGUUUCAUAGUUAUCGAAUAUUCACAAAAAACAGAUAUUUGCGCUACAUGUCCAUCUGGUGAAUUUGAAUGGAAUAAUUUUCGAUACAGUACUAUGUUUUUACUCCAGAAUCGAACUCGAUCAGAUUCAAUAUUUUUAAGAUGUCAAUCGGGUAUUAAUUGUAAUUCAAUAAAUAAUAUAGAAAAAAUUCAACAAAAUUUAAUGGCAGAAUUUGAUUUUGAUAAGUUUUUUUAUUCGUCAACAUCAACUAUCAUUUAUUCGACAACGUCGCCUAUCAUUCAUUCGACAACAUCAACUAACAUUGAUUCGGCAACAUCAACUAUCAAAUUAUCCUUCAUACUAUUAUUAUCAUCAUUAUACAUUGGAUUAUUUCAUUUAUUUUAA